CCCUCGCAUCAACUCCUUCCUCCCUCAUCAUCAAACUACACAAAACCUACGCAAAGCCGUACCAUUAGCCGUCGCAAGACAACUACUGGAAGACCGAAGCCAACAUGUCGAAAAUCACGGUCGCUGGUGUGCGUACGAACGUGCAGGAGCUGCUCAAGCACUCCAAUGAAGAGAAGAAGCGCAACUUCCUCGAGACCGUCGAGCUGCAGAUCGGCCUGAAGAACUACGAUCCCCAGCGUGACAAGCGUUUCUCCGGCACCGUCAAGCUGCCCCGUGUUCCCCGCCCGAACAUGGCCGUGUGCAUCCUCGGAGACCAGCACGACAUUGAUCGCGCCAAGCACAUUGGUGUCGACGCCAUGUCUUCCGACGAUCUCAAGAAGCUGAACAAGAACAAGAAGUUGAUCAAGAAGCUGGCGAGGAAGUACGAUGCGUUUGUCGCCUCCGACUCCCUCAUCAAGCAGAUCCCGCGUCUCUUGGGUCCGGGUCUCUCGAAGGCCGGCAAGUUCCCCACCCCCGUCUCGCACGCCGAAGACCUCAACGCCAAGAUCACCGAAGUCAAGUCGACGAUCAAGUUCCAGCUGAAGAAGGUGCUCUGCAUGGGUGUUGCCGUCGGCAACGUGGACAUGGAGGAGGACGAGCUGAUUGCGAACGUGAUGCUCGCCAUCAACUACCUCGUCUCGCUGUUGAAGAAGGGCUGGCAGAACGUGGGUAGCUUGACCCUCAAGGCUACCAUGUCGCCUCCCAAGCGUCUCUACUAGACAACUCCUUGUGGAUGGGCUGCUACGAGCGCGUGGCUAUUCGUUGUGGUAUUAGCUAGAUCCUUUCGCCUUGAAUGGUAGAGAGGAGCAAUAGAGCCUCGAGUCAUCCAACCA